UUACUGUAGACGGAACCUGAAGAAGCUAUGCAUUGAGAUAUAUAUGUAUCGGGAGGCGUAAACCGAUCGCGACCUUUCUGCGCCAACAGUCGGUCUUGAUUGACGUUCCUCUAUCUCUCAGAGCUAUAUUGUGACACAGGACCGAGUAGGACCAUUAAAAGGUUCCCACUGUUGACAGAGUCUGUUUACAAAGCACAACGGGAUAUAAGACGAUGUUAGCUGGUGUAAGGUUGUUUUGGAUACUUAUUGUAUCCACAAUCCCUGCUGUUCUGUCCGAAAAUGUUGCCUUCAUCAUCAUCGAUGUCCAAAAUUGUUUCCUACCCGGAGGAAGCCUUGCAGUUUCAAACGGAGAGGAAGUCGUACCAAUAAUCAACGCUCUCCGCAGUGACUACGAACACGCAUUCCGAUUGGUUGUUUUAUCCCAGGACUGGCAUUGCUCUGAUCACAUUUCGUUUGCCUCCCAACACAAUGGAUCUGACGUCUAUACUGAAGUGACGUUAUUUUACGAUAAGAAUGGAGUACUCUGUGACCCGGUGACCUCAUGCCAAGCCGUAGCAUACAACGUCACACAGAUGUUAUGGCCGGAUCAUUGCAUCAUCAACACGACCUCAGCCGAAUUUGACGACACUCUUGUGCGGAAGGACAGUGACAUUAUCAUCAGAAAGGGCUAUAAUUGUGAAGUUGAUUCCUACUCUGCAUUCUUUGACAAUGGUCAAAUCAGUCAAACUGGCCUGGAUACGAUCUUACAAGAUGCUGAUAUCUCAACUGUGUUUGUAACGGGUCUAGCUUUAGACUAUUGUGUGUAUUACACGUCAUCUGAUUCCAAGCGUUUAGGAUACACGACGUACCUAGUCCAGGAUGCCAGUCGUGGAGUCGCCAACGCUACAUCAGUGGCUGCCGUGGCGGACAUGAAAUCCAAAGGAAUUCACAUCAUACAGAGCAAAGAAGUCGGCGCCAUUUUGGAAUCGAUCACAAGUGGUGCUAGAUCACGUGGGGGUCCGAUAGUAACGAUUUAUAUAGUUGUCACGAUGGUAACUUUUAUGAAAUUGCUCGGUUGCCAAUCUGUCUCGGAAUGAUUUUGUAGCUUUUUAUAGUACAUGUAUGUACACGUA